AUGUCAUCCCGCCUUGACCAGAUCGUCAAAGGCGCCCCCUCCCCGCGUCUCUCCCCCGUGGCCUCCCUUCCCGGCUCUACACCCCCCUCUCCCCCGCUCGAGCCGUCUCUCCUCCCCUAUAACCAGCAACAGCACUCCCCAUCGCCAUCCCCGUCGCUAUCCCCGUCGCCGUCGCCAUCCAUAUAUCCCCAACCCUCGCCGCAGGAAAACACCGCCUUCCCACUCCCCACCGCAACCCCCCCAGCAGACCCCCUCUCCACCCUCCCCUCUUCCCCCCCCCAGAUCUACCUCAACCUCCUAAUCCUCGAAUCCUCUCUGCGCUCGCAGUACCUUGCUCUCCGCGCCCGCCGCCGCCAAAACACCUUCUUCCUCCUCCUGCUCGCCUGCUGGGUCACCUACUUCGCCUACGCCCUCUUCCUCCGCCCGCGCGAAGAUGGCCGUGGCGUCGGCGGCUCCGUCUACUGGGUCGUCGAGAUGGCUGAGAAGGUCGCCCUGAUGGGUGGCGUGGUCACCGGCGUGCUUAUCUGGGGCACGGGCCAGUGGGAGAGGGGCGUUCGGUGGCCGAGGAGGUGGUUGGUCGUUGCGAAUCGUGGGUUGAGGGCGAUGAAUACGAAGAUUGUGGUGUUAAGGGGCCCGUGGUGGGUGGAGGUCUGGUCGUGGGUGGGGUUUUUGUUUCCGUUCCCUCUGCUGACCGGCUUGGGGGGCGUGGUUCAGUAUGUGGAGUCUACGACUACGGCAUUUGGUGGUGGUGGUGGUGGUGGUGGUGGUGGUGGUGAGAGAGAGAAAGGGAAAAGAUCCCGUGCAACCCUCUCAGCUGCACACCCCCAGCAGCAGCAGAGCUCCUCAUAUUACUCCUCCUACGCGGACGAACCCUUCCUAACCACACAUGGCGAAACACCACCCCUCCCGCCCGGCACCACCCUCGUCGAAGAAGACAUCAACCCCGGCGGCGACCACAUCAAACUCCUCCUGCUCCCCAAAUCCUUCUCUCCCGCCUUCCGCGAGAACUGGGACGAAUACCGCACUGAUUACUGGGAGAAGGAGAAUGAACGGCGCGCUCUGCUGAGGCGGAAACUGAAGGAGCAGCGGCGCGAGAGGGCGCGGCUGCAAGGGGGCUGGCUGUGGUGGAUCAGGUGGUUGUGGGGCGCGAAGGGGGUGCGCGGGGGUGGUGGCAGGAGGCUGGUCACUCCGUUGAGUGGUGGUGGGCAGCAUCAUCAUCAUCAGCAUGGGCAUGGCCAUGGCCAUUCGCAUCAUCAUCAUCAUCAUCAUCAUCAUCAUCAUAGAGAUUCCUCUAUAUCUACGGCUAUAGCUACCUCCUCAUCCUCAUCUACGAAACGCCGCUCCCAACACCACUCCCUACACCAACAUUCAGACCCAACCAUGCCAACAACAGCACAAUCGCACUCCCGCACCUCCUCGCGCAGCACGACGCCAAACCGCUUCUCGGACCAUGACGACUUUUCCAAUAACAACGGCAAUGGCAAUGGAAGCAAUCAUGAGCGCCACAGGCCGCGUAGGGGCAGUUCUGCAGCUUCAACGUCUGGCAAUGAGCGGAAGAGGAGGAAUAAGUCUGCUUCGUCUUUGUCGGAUGGCGGUGGCGGUGGCGGUGGUGGAAGGAGGGCACCGUCGCCGUUGGCAAGGAUUGAGGCGGAAGGGCUGGAAUAG